AUGGAGGCGCGGCUGCCCUACGACGACUACCCGGUGGUCUUCCUGCCGCCCUACGAGAGCCCGCCCGCGUGGGUGCCGCCGCACGAGCGGCUCUAUCACCCCGACUACAACAACGAGCUGACGCAGUUCUUGCCCCGCACCGUCGUCCUCAAGAAGCCCCCCGGGGCGCAGCUGGGUUUCAACAUCCGUGGAGGAAAGGCCUCGCAGCUGGGGAUCUUCAUCUCUAAGGUGAUUCCCGACUCAGAUGCGCACCGAGCCGGGCUGCAGGAAGGAGACCAGGUGCUGUCCGUGAAUGAUGUGGAUUUCCAGGACAUUGAGCACAGYAAGGCCGUGGAGAUCCUGAAGACAGCCCGUGAAAUCACCAUGCGUGUGCGCUACUUCCCCUACAAUUACCAGAGACAGAAGGAAAGAACAGUCCACUAAUAAACAGUUGCCUGCUGGGGCCCUCUGGAGUCCAGCAAAGUCUUCACUGCCUUUCCUCAAGAUCCGAGAUGACACAUCCAGUUUCAGCUCUCACUGGAGGUACAGCUGUCCCGCUGGCUGCGUGGGCAUCAGCUCUGCUUCCUGCUUGCAGGGAUACUAGAGUCUUAAUUACUUGGAGAUGGAUAGAACUUUAGUCUGCACUUCCUGAGUUAGGUCCUGGAACAAGCUGAUGGUGCUGAUGUGGAAAUGGGAACUGGAGGGCAGCAUCUUUAGACAGAGACCCAUUUCUGGUCUAGCAGGACUUAGAUUUUCAGAGUGCUCUGCUGGUUCUGGAUCCAACCCUUGCUUCUAAGAUGUGAGGCCAAGACCGUCCAAGUGUGCUCAAGCAGAGCAUGGCCAUAGUUUCCAAGGGAUCAGCUGGUUUGUUUCCUCUGGUGACACAAAAUCCUUUCCUUCUUCACUGUCCUACCUCUGCUCUAUGCUACUGGGUUUGCUUGGAACUUGAGGAAGAGGAGUAAAAUCCAGUCAAAGUYGAAGCACAUCUCUCACUGUUGUGCACCGCUCUACCAAGGCACUGUGUUGUACCUCUUUGCUGUUUAGCAAACCCAUGUUACUGUUUCUGAACUAUGGACGUGUAGUGAGGUUCCCUYUGAUGCACUGCUUGUGUGUUUAAAGGUUUCACCUGCUGGGGCUUCUUCCUUCCUUUGGUACAGUCCUGUCUGUCCUUUCCACAGUCAGAACUCCUUGCUGCUUUGAGGGAAGUUCCUCCCUUUCCCUGUUCCUUACACAGCUUCUCUCCUGAACUGGUGGAAUCUCAUCCACCUGUUAUUAUAAAAGGUUGGAUGGUGGCUGCUCUACACAGGAAAAAGGCGGCCGUGCCCUGUGCCAGGA